AUGACGACCAGCAACUCCAAUUUAGCCCUGCUGAUCGACGGAGACAAUGUCUCGCCCAAAAUAAUCGUUGGCCUCAUGGCUGAGAUCGCUAAUUACGGCACUGCCAGCGUCAGGCGGAUCUAUGGCGACUGGACCAGCCCGUCCCUGAAGAGCUGGAAAGGAUGCCUGCUAGACCACUCGAUAACGCCAAUGCAACAAUUUGCGUACACCAGCGGAAAGAACUCCACUGACGGCGCUAUGAUCAUCGACGCUAUGGACCUACUAUAUACUGGCCGCUUCUCUAGCUUCUGUAUCGUCUCGAGCGACAGCGACUUCACGCGCCUUGCAGCCCGCAUCCGCGAGCAGGGCGUCACGGUCUAUGGCUUUGGAGAGCGUAAAACCAAUACUGCGUUUAUUGCUGCCUGCGACAAGUUUAUGUACUUUGAUGUACUCAAUGUGGAGUCCGAGGAGCCGCUUGUUGCACCUCAACCACCCAGGCCGGGCUAUCCUCCGGUUUUCGUCCGUAAACAACCAGCUACGAGACCGCUCGAUCAGGCGGCACUCAGGGGAUUAGCAAUGGCGGUGACUAAUGCCGUGAGCUAUAGCGACAAUUGGGUCAACCUGGCCGACGUCGGCAGCUAUCUGAGCAAAAUCUCGCCUGAUUUGCAUGCACGCAAUUACGGCUAUGAACGUCUUCGGGAGUUUGUGGAAGCGUCUGGAAUCGUGGACUUGAAGUGGAAGAACAUGGGCGACAAACCUCCGGUUGUCCUCGUCCGUCUCAAAGAGAAUUUGGCGUGGAACUCUAGCUCUCCAACUCAUUGA